GAUCGUAUCGGUUUUUUUUGUUCUAUGCUUUUUUUUCUAGAUAAUAAAAACUCGUCACUACGAGUUGGUUCGUUUAAACCCCAUGUCCCAAAUUUAUCAACAGCUUUGAGUGUCACCAUGUCUGAAUCAGAAGGAGAACAUGAAGAAAACCUGGAUUAUGAUUCUCCCCGAUACUCUCCCGCUUCUCCACGAUACUCUCCCUCUCCUUCUCCUUAUUCCUACUAUGGUGGGAAACGUCAUAAAACCGAAAAAACAGAUCGAAUUAGCGCCUUGCCAGAUUCUUUGAUACUUCACAUCCUCUCUUCCUUGGACAUGGGUGAAGUAGUACGAACUGGGGUUUUGUCAAAAAGGUGGCACCUCUUGUGGACUUCAGCACAAACCCUAAUCUUCAGUUACUCCGGCCUACAUGUUAAUGGUAUAUAUAAAUUCGUUAUCUUUAUUGAUAAUACACUACUUCUUUGCCGGUCUGGUAUGGUCAAAAAGUUUUCGGUCGAUUUUAUUUACAGCAAACGCUUUGUUCGACACCUUAAUAGAUGGAUGAUAUUCAUUAAAAAUAAACUUGUGGAGGAACUGGAUCUGAAUCUUAGGUCACGAGGUAAUUUGAUUGAGAUUUACAAUUUACCCCAGAUUAUGUACUUUGAUGUCCGUUUACGACAUCUUAGUUUGUGCAAUUGCAAUCUUGUACCAAAAGAAGAAAUUUAUUGGCCUGCCCUUAGGGAUUUAGAAAUUGGAUAUGCUGAAUUGAACCGAGACGUUAUUAAAAAGAUUUGUUCUGGAUGUCGUGCUCUGGAGUCUCUCAAGUUUAGGAGUUGUUAUGGGGUUGAUUAUUUUGAUAUUGAUUCCAAAAGUGUGAAGAAGUUGGUGAUCGAUGAAUAUGGGCAACAAAACCAUGAUGAUGAUGAUGACGAGCUGGGAAUAUAUGCUAGGAACGUUACUUCACUGGAAAUUUGCGGUUAUUUUCAUAAAAGAAUACUUGUUCUUGAGGAUGUAAAAGCUCUACUCGAUGCUAAGCUAGAUUUCUAUAGGAAUACAGAUGACUACGAAGUCGAACGUGAAUUUAGGACUGACCAGAAUAUGUUAAAAAAUCUCCUUGUAUCACUCCAGCAUGUUGAGAAACUCUCCAUUGGGACAUGGUGUCUGCAGGUCCUUACGUCAUUGGAGAUCAGAAAUUUGCCAUGCCCCAGAAUGAGAUGCAAAUACUUGACAUUAAACACUCCUAUGAAGAAAUGGGAGCUCCCUGGAAUAGCAAUCCUUCUACAAAGCUGUCCUCAGGUUGAGAUGUUGCACAUAAACACAGAAUCUGCAUUCAAAGAGUAUCAUUUUGGGUCGCAUUUUAAGAAUUCUAAUGACUUCAAUGGAGAAAAUUACUGGAUAUCAAGACCUUGCUGGGUGCUGCAUCUCAAGACUUUAAGGAUUCACGGCUACGAUUGGUGGGACUGCGAUGAGUACAUCCUUUCUUUUCUGCAAAUUGUUCUACAGAAUGGGAUGGUGCUUCAGAAAAUCAUCAUUGAUUUCUUCGAAAUCAACUCCUAUGAAAAACUUACAAAGAAGUUGCUAAGCUUUCCCAGGUCGUCAAGGGAAGCUGUCAUUCUCUUCUCUAGUUGAGACUUAAACUAACAAUUUUAUGUUCUCUUAGUAAAUAACGAACGUCCUUUUAGCCCUUUUUCUUCUUCUGGGCUCUGUAUUGCUCUAUCUAAUUAAAAAUUAUCUUUUCUUUGAUAUCUGGUCGAGAUAACCAUCCUUUUUUCAUUAUGUAAUAAAUCCCCUUUCUUUUGUUGGCU